ACGUGGUGAAACCUUUACUGAAAAUAAGCAUCAAAGUGAGCACCAACAGACUCCUUCUGAUGAAAAACCAUACCAGUGUAUGACCUCUGGAAAGGGUUCCACAUAUCUCAACUCAAUAAAAACACACGAGACAGUCCAGACUGAAGAAAAGCCCUAUCACUGUAGCACAUGUGGAGCGUCCUUUAAAGUAAAGGCGUAUCUCAGAAAACAUCAGAGAAUCCACACUGGAGUAAAACCAUACCCAUGUACCACAUGUGGAAAGUCGUUUUCUCGAAACAUCAUUCUCAUCGAGCACAAGAGAAUUCAUUCUGGUGAGAAACCACACCGGUGUACGUUGUGUGGAAAGGCCUUUAGACAGCGCACUGCUUUAAUUCAUCACAAGAGGAUACACACUGGGGAGAGGCCUUAUUGCUGCUCUACCUGCGGGGCGACCUUUGCACUAAUAAGCUCUUUAAAAAGUCACCUGAGAACCCACACUGGAGAAAAGCCAUAUCAGUGUUCCACGUGUGGGAAAGCGUUUACCAGCAGCAGCUAUCUCGUCCAGCACAAGAGAACUCACUCUGGUGAAAAUUCAUAUCCGUGCAAGACCUGUGGGAAGACCUUUUCACACAGCACCUCUCUGAAUCUACACAAGAAAACCCACAUUGGGGAAAAGCAGCAUGUGUGCCCCAUUUGUGGAAGGGCUUUUGCUCAUGCACACUACGUGAGGAGGCAUCAGAAAACCCAUAGAGAUACACUAUGCCAGGAGGCAAUAGGUGAUGAUGACACAGAAGAUAAUGCAUCAGACAAAUAUGGGAAACCCGUAGUCAAACAACACCACCAAGGCAAAUCUGGAGAGAAGCCAUUUAAAUGCAGCACGUGUGGAUAUUCUUUCUCACGCUCACGUGAUUUGAAGAGACAUGAGAUAACCCACACUGCAGAAAAGCCCUACUCGUGCUCCUCUUGUGGAAAGACUUUUAGUCGAAAGGACCAUGUCUUAAAGCACCAAAGAACCCAUCUCGCCCCUCACAAACCGACUGGCGAAAAGCCAUAUGAAUGUGCCAUCUGUGGAUUUGCUUUUGCACGCAUGGGUGAUCUCAAGAGGCACCAGAGAACCCAUACGGGAGAAAAGCCGCACCAGUGCAGCACAUGUGGAAAGGCGUUUGCAUUAAUAAAAGACGUCCGGAGGCAUCAGAGUGUUCACACUGGAGUAAAGCCAUACUCCUGCACUACUUGUGGUAAAGCCUUCACACGACAAAGCCACCUGGAGAGACAUGAGCAAACCCACACCGGAGAAAAGCCGCACCAGUGCAUCGUGUGUGAAAAGGCAUUUGCAGAUAAAAGUCAACUCAAAACUCACCUGAAAAUCCACACUGAAGGCAAGCAAUAUCUCUGUGGUACAUGUGGAAAAGCUUUUAUUCAAAAGCGUAGUCUCAUCACACACGAGCUGAGUCAUUCUGGGGAAACGCCACAUAAGUGUAUGAUCUGUGGCAAAGGUUUCACUCGACGUGAGGUGCUCAGGACACAUCAACUAACUCAUUCUGGUGAAAAACCAUUUGAGUGUACCUCAUGUGAAAAAGCCUUUGCAAGAAUGAGUGAUCUGAAGAGACAUGAGUCAGUCCACACUGGACAAAAGCCGUACCAAUGCAAUAUCUGUGGAAAGGCCUUUUCUCAAAAAGAUUAUCUCACAAAGCACGGACAAAUUCAUUCUGAAAGUGAAAAAUCAUAUCGAUGCACCACAUGUGGAAAGGGAUUUAUCUUAAAGGUCCUUCUUGUCAAACACCAACAAACACAUUCUGCUAAAAAGCCAUGCCAGUGUACAACUUGUGGAAAGAAGUUUGCACACUAUAGCUCUUUACACACACACAAGAAACUCCACACUGUGGGAAAGCACCAUGUGUGUCCUACAUGCGGGAAGACUUUUGUUAGAGCAGAUACACUGAAGGACCAUCAGAACAUUCAUACCGGAGAAAGACCAUAUAAAUGCACCAAAUGUGAAAAGACCUUUGCAAGUGAAGAGGCUUUCAAAUUUCACCUGAGAACACAUACGGAAGGAAACCAACAUCUGUGCGCCAUAUGUGGAAAAACUUUUGCACAAAAGCAACGUUUUAUCGUCCACCAAAGAACUCAUUCUGGUGAAAAGCCAUAUCGUUGUACAACCUGUGAAAAGACUUUUACUGAGAAAAGACAACUCCUCUUGCAUCAACAAAUUCAUUCUGGUGAAAAACUAUAUCAGUGCAUGACUUGUGGAAAGGCCUUUACAAUCUAUCGCUCGCUUCAAGCACACAAGAAAACCCACACAGAGGGACAGCAGCAUGUGUGCCAUAUCUGUGGAAAGGUCUUUGCACGUGUAGACUUGUUGAAGAAGCAUGUAAGAAGAACCCAUGGAAAGCCAUAUUGUUGUAAAAUAUGUGGUAAGAGCAUGAGGAGCGAACAGGCUCCAAGACACCAGAGAAUUCAUACAGGAGAAAAGCGACACAAGUGCACCACGUGUGAAAUGGCUUUUUCAACAAGUCAUCAACUGAAGAGGCAUCUGAUGGUCCACACUGGAGAAAAGCCCUACCAGUGCACCUCAUGUGGACAGGCCUUUGCAGACAAGCGUACUCUCAAAGGUCACCAGAAAACCCACACAGAAGAAAAACCAAAGCAGUCCCACACCUACACCGACCUGUAGAAGGCCUUUGUAGACACACAGCCUCAAAAAACUCACAAGAGAAUCAAUGUAACAUAUAGUAAGCCAAACAUGAUCUAAAAUACUCAAGGUGGACAAUCUAGAUUUUUCUUUAAAUACUGUAACACAUGCACAGGAGUUGAGAUCCUUCCAUACUGCAGAAAUCCCAAAUCAGUCUAACACUAACGGGAAAGUCUUUGCUGAUGUGAAAAGUCGGCAGUGUUAGUGAUGCAGAUAUUUCAACAGAUUUGUUAUGUUGGGAGGCUUAAGACAAGGUCCAAGUAGUCAACCAAUGGUGAACCCCCUGACAGUUAAUUUUGUGACUACCCCAAGGUGUCCCGACCUCCCCCAGUUUGGGAACCGCUGCUGAACAUUACACUGUAUAAAGACUGUUAUAGUUCUGACCAUUUGUGUUCAUCAUUUUGUAACUGCAACUUUAUCAUUAACUCAUCAUAAGCAGUCAUAAGUCAUUAACUCAUCAUAAGUUCUGAUGCGUAACCAUUUUGAAUUUGAACCACUUGUACAUAGUAUGGUCAAGUCAGAGAGAAUAGAAGAGGAGGUAGAAUGUAAAAUAUCUAGCGCCCCUGUACAUUGUAAAUGGCAGCCAUUUUGAAUUUGGACACAACUACAAAGUGAAGAAAAUACAGUAAGAGGUUGAAUGUAAAAUAUUAAUAUGGGACCAACGUAUAACCUAUGUAAGUGACAGAUUUUAAUUUCCUCUUUUGUGUUUGUUAUUGUUUUGUUUUGUGUAUAUCUUGCAUUUUUUUCUUGUGUUAUUUAUGUUUGUACAAUCUGUGAAAAAGAGGAAGAAAAGAAAGUAUGUAAGAAAAGAAUGUAUGUAUUUGUAUGACCACAGGAAGACUAGUGAUAUUGUAAAGGGGCUGCUAAUGUGCUUUCAAUAAACAAUCACUCAAUCACUCAA